AUGACUUCUUCUUCAAGUAAUAUUUUACAAAACUGUUUAAAUGAGACUUCGGUGGUUUCGGCUCCAGUUUCAUCAAAUAUGCUUAUUGAUUCACCAACUAAAAAACGUUCACUUGAUCAGACAAAUAUUAAUUCAAAACCUGUUGUACCUGCUCCUGUGAUUUCUUCACCAACGCCAAUUUCUACUGAACCUGUUAUACAGAAGGUAGUUCAACAUGUGAAAGAUAUUCAACAAGUUUCAAGUGGCCUACAAGCUCAAGAUGUUCGACCUUUUUCGCAUCCGCAACAGAUUUCGAUCACUACCGAAUCUACUCGUUAUGCACAAACACGUUAUCCGUUUCCAGCCUUUAUCAUUAGAUUCAGUACUAGUAAAGCCACAUCGAACAAAAUUAAAGAAGAUUUAAUUGAUCAUUGCAUCCAAAAUUACCAAAUGGAAAUCAACAUAUUAAAUUGUCGUUUAUCUAAUCGAAGCUCCAGCAACGAAUAUGAUUUUCUUAUUUUCUUAAAAGAUUCUUCUUCUUUUUCGUUUCUAUUAAAUCAAAACAAUUGGCCUGAUUCCUUUAGUAAUGGGAAUUAUAUAUUUCCAUAUUCUCCAGCUAUUCCACCUCAAUUAUCCCUGUCAAUAAAAAAUGUGGAUCUUCGUUUAGAUUUCAAUGAAUUUGGUCAAGAAAUUAAAACACGUUAUCCACGAAUUAAAAAUGUUAUUAGAUUAAAAACAAAUUUAACAAUGAUAUUAAAUUAG